AUGGCCGAAGCGUUCGGAUCCCGCUUUCCAUCGAGGAUCGAAGAAGAAACCGAGAAGGAAGAAAUCCGCCACCGGACCUAUCAACACUUUCACACAUCUGGUGUCGGCACUACCAAGCUUAGAGUCCGGCUUUGUCGACUCUACAAUGGCUGGUAUGGGUUUCCGACGGACAUCGUAGGCACCAUGGUCGCCCAAAAAUACUUCAGAGCUCACCCCACCGACGUACUAAUCGCCACCAUCCCCAAGUCCGGCACCACAUGGAUGAUAGCUCUCGUCUUCUACAACAUUAACCGCGGCUCCCACGUCGACUCCCGACGAGCACUUGGAAAGGCCAAAGUAGGAGAACUACUGCAGGACACCGUAGCUCAGCUGAAGCGGGUGGCGGAGUUCCUUGGCUGCCCCUUCUUGGAGGAUGAGGAGAAGGAAGGGGUUAUCGAUGGCAUCGUGCGGUUGUGUGCCAUGGAGAGCUUAAGCAAUUUGAAGGUGAACAGGAGCGGCACGACGGACUUCGGGCGUUGGACGGUGGACAACAGCACCUUCUUCAGACGCGGGUGUGGUGGGGAAUUGGCUGAAUCAUCUCACGCCCGAGAUGGCUGA